AUGAGUUUAAAUUUUAGCAUAGCCAAUGUCGUUUAUGUGAAGAACCUUUCCACAGAUGUGACAGAGAAGGACAUAAAAGAAAAAUUUGAAUCUUGUGAUGAGAUAAUUGGCGUCGUUUUUAAGAACUUUCCCGGGAAGAACCAGAAGUACUGUCAAAUAGAGUUCAAGAGCUCAGAGGGAAUAACGAAAGCGUCUCGCCUCAAUGGCGAGCUGCUACUGAACGUCCCCAUGGUUGUAACUGUCAUCGAACCCAUUUCACACAAUCCAGCUUUUGCCGAACCGGCUAACGGUAGCAUUGAGGCGGAUAAAAAUGUAGCCACGUCUCUAGAUGCACGAACCGGUGCCCUCGUUAACAGUGCUACCGCGCAGAGCGUGCAGUACCAGGCCCUGCAGAACAUCCUGCUCCAGCAGCAACUCAUAUCGGAGCAGAAGAAGGGACUCGUGGAUUUCCAAAACUCGUUGAACGAAAAGAACAACAAAUUUGAUGUCUUCUCCAAAAUUAUUUACAUGGAAAAUAUACCCGAAAAUUGCAGCGAAGAUGAUAUAAAGGCUCUGUUCAAGAACGUGGGAACCACUACCAGCUACAAGCUCCAGUACAAUGAACAGAAAAAAAUGAACACAGCAUUUAUUGAAUUUACGAACGAAGAACAUGUCAAGGCUGCGUUACUUUUGAACGGAACCAAAAUAGGAACGAACGAAAUUAUCAUAAGAGAUGCAUACAGCUUAAUCAACGAAAGAGAUCAAUUGAGAAAUAACAUAUCACUGUAUAGUAACAGCACGAGUGUGACGAGCACUAAGGGUGAUGUGAGUAAUCCUCCUUCAGCAAAAAAACAACCUGUGGUUAAUGAGAAGGUGGAAAAGGUCCUAGCCUUGCGGGAAAAACUGAGUCAGAAGCUUUUUGCCAUGUAUAACCCAAGUGCCGUGAUUGUGAAUAACCUCGCGCAGGUUAAUCCGCAGCUGGUGGGGGCUUCCGCAGAAGGGGUAGUAGCGGGGGUAGCAGCGGGAGUAGCGGGAGCAACGGGAGUAGGGGUAGUCGCGAACGCCGCAAACGCUGCGAACGCCGCAACAGGGAUGGCGGUUGGGGUAACUCAGGGAGCCACUUCCCCCCCCAGCGCCGCGCCCACCAACGAGCAACCCAAAGCGGUAGCGGAGAGUAACAACGGAUCGAUCGGUCUACCCGGUGAGACCAACGUGAGCGAGGCGAAGGAGAAGGGGGAGAGGAAGAAAAAGUCAAAAGAGGAAGGAGAGAACGGCGAUGAGGCAGAGGAGGACCAACAUGUAGAGAGAGACACAAACGACGCGGAUGAAACACAAAACAAAGGGAGGAAAGGAAAAAAAUCCAAAAGUGAGAAAUACAGUAGCAGCGAGUCGUCUGGCUCCUCUCGAAGCAGCUCCCGCUCGUCAUCCAGCAGCAGGAGCAGCUACAGGAGGCAUGGAACAAAAACAAGCUCCAGGAGAAAACAUAGUCAUAAAAAGCACAGCACCACAUCUCGUAAAAGAAAAAAAUAUGAUAGCCGCUCCAGGAGCUCGCACGGUACCAGGAGUAACGAUUCGUUAAGUUCGUAUGAGUCAGAUAAAAGAAGCAGAUAUCGUGACAGAGAAAGCAAAAUUAGAAAAAUGAGGAAUAGAUACCACAGCUCUUCCGCCAGCUAUAGCAACUCCUCUCAUUCCCCCAGGCGAAGGCGAAAAAGGUCCAGCAGCAACAAACCGUGGUGGGUCAAAGAAUCGGAGAAAAUGCAGAUGAGGCAGCGUUUGAAGGAGAGGCAGAGACGUGAAAUGGCCUACAGAGAAAGGUACAGACGGUAG